AACGUCAUAGUUUGACAUUAACCUUGUUUCCGUUUUCCGUGCCUUGUUCUGUGAUUAUUUUUUCCAAAGUUAAUAUUUUAAAAUAUAAAUUGUGUUGCUUUUUUUUUAUAGUAUAAACUGUUUUAACUAUGGUUAACAUAACUGAAAAUCAAAUUAGAAGCAUUGGCAAACUCUUAAACGAUUUUAACCGGCCUUUAAAAGAGAGAUUUCGGGCUUUAUUUACUUUAAGGAAUAUUGGUGGUCCAGUUUCAAUCGAGUUUAUAAAUCAGUGCUUUAAAGAUUCAUCUGCAUUACUAAAACAUGAAUUAGCAUAUUGUUUGGGACAGAUGCAAGAUAAAACAGCUAACUCUAUUCUAAUCAAAGUUUUGGAAGAUACUAAUCAGGAACCUAUGGUGCGCCAUGAAGCAGCUGAAGCAUUAGGUGCUAUUGGUAGUCCUGAGGUAAUAAGUAUUUUGGAACGGUUCAAAACAGACCCUGUUAAAGAAGUUGCUGAAACAUGUGAAUUAGCACUGGAAAGAAUAAAAUGGUUGCAGAAUUGUGAUGAAGAAGGGUUGUCAAACAAUCCAUAUAAUUCCGUAGAUCCUGCUCCACCAGCACAUUCCACAAAUGUCGAUGAAUUAAAACUAAUCUUAAAUAGUAAUGAUGAGUCAUUGUUUAAUAGAUAUAGGGCAAUGUUUUCAUUACGAAAUUUGCAAACUAAAGAAGCAGUUGUUGCUCUUGGAGAAAGUUUAAAAACUGGGAGUGCACUCUUUCGACAUGAGGUUGCCUUUGUUUUGGGGCAACUUCAAAGUGAGUACGGUAUACCAUUCCUUAAGGAGUCUUUAGAAGAUGUUCAGGAAAAUGAAAUGGUGAGGCAUGAGUGUGCUGAAGCUUUAGGUGCCAUUGCAACAGAAGAAUGUACAAGUAUUUUAAAUAAGUAUAUUGAAGAUGAAAAAAGAGUUGUCAAGGAAAGUUGUGUAAUAGCUUUGGACAUGUGUGAAUAUGAAAACAGUCCCGAGUUUCAAUACGCCAAUGCUUUACAAACUGUGUGAUUAGUGAUUUAUCAAUAAAGCCAAUUAAUUUAU